UUCUGAUUGUUUUCCGACUGUUUUCCGACACUCCGGUGUGUUUUCUGAUGGCACGCAGAGCAAAGUGCCUUUUUCCUCACGCGUGCUCUGCUGCCACCUCCACCAACGACGACCAACCACCAGCCAUGCCCUUCCUCAAGGUCGUGAAGAACAAGGCGUACUACAAGCGCUACCAGGUCAAGUACCGCCGUCGCCGCACCGGUCAGACCGACUACUUUGCCCGCCGCAAGCUCAUCCAGCAGGACAAGAACAAGUACAACACACCCAAGUUCCGUCUUGUUGUGCGCCGCACCAACCGCGAUGUCAUCGCACAGGUUGCCUACUCCCGCCUCGAGGGUGACUACGUCGUCGCCGCGGCAUACAGCCACGAGCUGAAGCAGUUUGGCAUCAAGGUUGGCCUCACCAACUACGCCGCCUGCUACGCCACGGGUCUUCUCCUGGCCCGCCGUCUCCUCACCAAGUACAACCUCGCCGACCGCUACACCGGUGUCGAGGAGGCCACUGGUGACGACUACAACGUCGAGAAGGGCGUGCAAUCUGGCCCCCGCCCCUUCCGCGCCUUCCUGGAUGUCGGUCUUGCCCCCACCACCACUGGUGCCCGUGUCUUCGCUGUCAUGAAGGGUGCUGUUGACGGUGGUCUCGCUGUGCCCCACAACCACAAGCGCUUCCCUGGUUACGACGAGGAGGCCAAGGCUUUCGAUGCCGAGGUUCUGCGCGACUACAUCUUUGGCGAGCACGUUGCCAACUACAUGCGCGAGCUGCAGGAGGAGGAUGCUGACAAGUACAACCGCCUCUUCUCCGAGUAUGUGAAGCAGGGCGUGAGCGCGGAUGAUCUGGAGCAGAUGUAUGCUGAUGCGCAUAAGGCGAUCCGUGAGGACCCCAACCGGAAGAAGAAGCCCAGCGACAAGGCCGGCGAGCGCAAGAACUACGGGCGCACCCGCAUGUCGCUUGCCCAGCGCAAGGACCGCAUCAAGCAGAAGAAGGAGUCCUUCCUGCGCCGUCUCGCAGCCGCGGAGGCCAUGGAGGAGGACGAGUAAACCUUUGCUCGCCUUUGCCUGUCUCUGUUCCCUUGCCUGUGGUUCUCUUCUUCUUUCCCCCUCUUCCUUUUUCCUCUCGUCUGUGAGCAGAAAACAUAAACGCUGCCAUUGACAA